AUGAAAGAUCUUGGGAAUCUUAAAUAUUUCCUGAGAAUAGAGGUACUCAGGUCCAAAAGGGGAAUCUUUAUUUCUCAAAAGAAAUAUGUUCUCGAUCUUCUGACAGAGACUGGAAUGAUAGACUGCAAGCCCAUUGAUACUCCAUUAAUGAUGAACCACGAGCUUCAGAUAAUUGAAGGUGCGGACCCAACAGAUCAAACACUAUACCAGAAACUGGUCGGGAAGUUGAUCUAUCUGUCACAUACUCGACCAGACUUAGCCUAUGCAGCAGGGGUUGUCAGUAGAUUCAUGCAUAAACCUCAUAAACAUCAUCUUGAAGCUGUAUACAAAAUUUUAAGGUACUUAAAGAAAACACCAGGAAGAGGAGUCAUGUUUGAAAAACAUGGCCACUUAGACCUUCAUGCCUUCACAGAUGCUGACUGGGGAGGAUAUCGAGAUAGCAGAAAAUCCACCUCCGGAUACUUCACUUUGGUUGGUGGAAACUUGGUCACCUGGAAGAGCAAACGACAAAAGGUGGAUGCAAUGUCUAGUGCUGAAGCUGAAUUCAGAGGAAUAGCAAAAGGAAUAACGGAGGUUCUAUGGAUCAGAAAGUUAUUGACAGAGCUCGGAUAUGCACCUAAGAAGAGCUACAAACUGUAA